AAAUGAUAGCCACGGUUUCUGAAACAGCAUCGCUAUUACACAACGUUUAUUUCGAUCCACAUGUGUUGUUGGGGAAAGCCAGUCUUGAAAUAGUGACAGGUAUCUCGAUGACAUGCAGAAGGAAUGUUACACACACAAAAAAAGAAAAGAAAAAAAGUGGGGAAUGGUGGUCGGGGGUGGACGGGAGUAAGGAAGCCAGAAUAUUGGAAGGUUGUUAAUUUAACAUGACCGUUAUUUAAAGGAUCUUAAUUUAACAUCAUUACCAUCACCAUCAUCACCAUCGUUAUCAUUAUUCUCAUCAUAUAUCUUCAUUAAAGUGGUCGCUCGACCUGCUAGAAAUAGCGGUCAGAGCUUACCCUACAGCUUUAUAAAAAAAAUACAAAAACGAAGGUAACAUUAGAUAGUGUAGUCCAAAUUACACUAUUUCUGAAUAUAUGGGGGUGCUCACGGCUGGAAUAUCUUUAAACUUAAGUUUGUUCGAUCAAGACUGACCUAGGGCUAUAUGACAACGUUAUCAUCAUCAUCGUCGUGGUCGUAGUGCUCUUAUAACAGGAUAGGAAGAGGAGAUACUAUGGAGACUGACGGACAAAACAGGGCACACGGAGCAGAAAAGUGAGAAAAGGAGGAGAUGGAAGGGUAGAAGCAGAAUAAGGGAGCCGAGCAGGCGAAGGGGGAGGAGUAUAAUUAGUGAGAGAGAGAGAGAAAGAGAGAAAGAAAGAGGGGGAGAGAGAGAGAGUCUGUAAGAUAGUUAUAGCUACAGAGAGUGGUGUGUGUAAAAGCAGGCAGAGAAAGCUCAAGUUGGAGGAAAAAUAAUUUGCUGGAGAGAGAAAAAAAACACACGGAUAAGGAAAUCAAUAGAUAAAAAAUAUAUAAAAACAUCUACGUCCAUCGCCUUUUUUCGGUGUCUGAGGAAUCAUCUGUAACGUUUGUUUAUUGUCAAGGGUGUGUGUAGAAAUGGCAGAUGUGGCAGCAGAACAGGCCAGCAGUGGCCACCAGUCAGAGAAAAGGAAGCGUGGACGACCUCGAAAACUUAAGACAGAUCAGUCUGAAGAACCAAAACCGAAGAGAGCACGGGGUCGACCGAAAGGAAGUAAAAACAAGAAACCUUCUAAGUUUCAGGAAAUUUUGAGGCCUGUAAAGUACAAGGCAUUGCUUAAGGUUCAGAAAAACAAAACUGUUUCUAAGAAGUCUCUACAUAAAUGGUCAAAAAGAAUGAUUCAUGAUCUUCAGGCAAAUCCUACCCAACUCCAAAACGUUCAAACUGAUAGUUCAAAUAACCCUAAUAGGGUAAAUAAUAAAUUUGCCAAUUCAAAAAACAACGGUUUGAAGAAAAUGAAGAAUUCUGUGAUGCCUCAAAAUUCGUCUAAAUGUAAGACCAAUCAAGGUUCAGUUAUUUCUAAUCACAGUAAGAAAAGACCUGAAGUCACUGUCCCAAGAAAAAUUAAAACAUCAAUGAACAGCAAAUGUCAAGUAGAUAAGAAAUGUGACCCGACAAAAAUGAAUUCUAAAUCUAUACAUUUUCCAAACAACAAUCAGGGUCAGAGAAUCCUAUCCAGUCGUAAGAACUCUGCCAUAACGAAGCAGCUUCAAACUCCUGUUAAUUACAGAAGGAAAAGUUGUGGGUUAUGUGAUCAAUCAUCAGUUCGUAGACAUAAAGCUACAUCCAAACGCUUUUGCAGUGACCCAUCGUCAUACAAAUGCAGCCGGUCGUUACCAACUCUGAGGAGAUCUCAACGGAUAAGAACUAUUUGUGAUAAAUUUUCAAAUUCAACCAUCAGUAGUGAAAACUCGCCACCAUCUUCUGCAGUUUAUUAUUCUUCGCCUGGAUUUUUAGUGCCAUUACGAAGGCGCCGGUCUUCUAAAACUGCUCAUUCCACUCAGACACAGCUUCGGAAUGUUUCUCAACCCUGUUCUUCACAUCAUUCCCCUGCUGCUGUUAAUAGCACUACUAGUCUUUCCUCUCAUACCACUGGUACUACUACCACUACUAUUACUACUACUACUACUACCACAGGUCUUUCUUCUCCUGCCGCUGCACCUCCUUCUUCUACUGCUUCUUCCCCUCCAUCUUCUGUAUUGUCUGCUUCUACUAACAAUUUACAUCACCUCUCUUCUUUAUCACAAUCUACACCCAAGGAUUUUCCAUUUGAGUGCCAAGCUGGUGGUUUCACACCAGCUAAUCAGUCUAAAGACAUGACAGAUGCUGUACACAUAGUUAGACCUUGCGGUCAACUUUCUCCUAACAACUGUUCAAUGAAAAUGUUGAAGUGUCACCGGUUGCGCCACAUGGCACCAGGAUCAGGAGAUGUGGCAGCAACUAGCGUAGUUUGCAGACACCACUGUUCCGCUGCCAGACACUUGGACAACAAAUGUCAUAACAUGCAUAUGAAUACACAACCAUGCCUUCCAAACAUCAGAUCAGCUGUUCAAGUGGCUGCUUCUAUGAUUUCGUCAAGAAUUACCGACAAGAGCGUCAGCAUCUAUAACCAUUCUUUAGGAAAACAAUCUGGAAGUGUGUGCCAAUCUUACGAACAACUCAAUAUUGUACUGAGUCCAUUUGAAAAACAGAUUUUCGAACUGCACCGACAAGAACAUGAACAAAGAAUGGCAAUGGAAGAAGAGCGACAUCAAAUGAAAAUGGAUCUCAUGCGAUUGAAGAAAAAGGCUUUAGAGAGUAAACUAAAACUAAAGAAUUAAUCUAUGCAAUUCUGUUGUAGAACUACAGCAAAGGGGCUUGAAGAAGAAUUUACUGGCAUGUUUUUUAAUUAAGUACCUGUCUGUGUGUAUGUGUGUGUGCAUACUUGUGGAUGUUAGUCUGUGUGUGUUUACAUGUUUAUAAUAUUUAGUAUGUGUGAAUUGUUUCUGUUUGUUAAUGUUUUACUAAUCUGGUAUUAACUAAUUACAGUAUUCUCUCCACUCAUUAAUACUAAUUUCUUUUCAUCAACUCACAUCACUAAUAUGAUUUAUAUUUCAUUCGUCUGUUAUCACUUUCAUCUCUUAUUGUAAAUUCAUUCUCUUCACUGUUUCUCUUGGGUUUUACAGUGUAAAGGUAAUAAGCUUUCUAUUUAGUUUAUGUCAUUUCCAGUUGAUUUGAAUUCUCUCAUCUAUGUUAACCCAGAAAACUGUUUCAAAUGCUAGUGUUUAUUUUUGUUGUUGCUGUUACUAGUGCCAGUCCAACCCUAAUGGAACAGACUUAUAAUCAAAGAUGUUCCAGCUGUGACCACUGCAUCUUAUUAUAUAUUCAGACAGUGUAUCUACGGCUAUAUUCCCAUGUAUCCUUCCUUUUUAAGAUCGGUAGAGUGUGACUUGAGAGAUAUUUGGCUGGCAUUUCUUGCAGGCUGAGCGAUCAUGUAAAGGCUCUUAUAUUGUCUUGAUAAUGAUAAUAAGAAUGUUUUAUUUCUUUUGUAGCUAAUCUAUCUAUCUCUACACAGCAGUCGCAAUAUACUGCACAAUCUUGUUAUCCAAACAUUUUACUGAUGUCAUGUCAAAAAGGUCAUUUUACCUUCUUUUGGUAAAAUAGUAAUUAGUUUUUACAAUGAGAUAGGGUGCUAGUCUAGUGCUGGGGUUGAUAUAUUUGGCUAAAUCCAUCCUCUAAAUAUCAGCCUAAAAAACAUUCAAGUAAGGUCGUUGCCAGUGCCACUGGACUGGCCCAUGCACAGGUGGCACAUAAAAAGCACCAUUUGAGCAUGGCCGCUGCUAGUACUGCCUGACUGGCUCUCGUGCCAGUGGCACAUAAAAGCAC